AUGUCAUCUGCAUUAAAAGCAUACCGUGAAGCACUUAGGGCGACUAGAGUUGUUUUCCAAAGAGACUUACCAAGACUUAUGGCUGCUCGUACUGAAAUUAAAACUCAGAUCAAAAACAAAGCCAAUUUAACAGAUGAAACCGAACGUCUUGAAGCUAUAAACCAUCUUGAAGAAGUUACCAAGUUCUUAAGACAUAAUAUUGUUCAAGGAGAAGUACAAAACAACGGUAACGUCCAUUUAAAUUUCCGUGAAGAAACUGAGUUGGGUGAUAAUGAAACUAUAAAGCAAGGCAAAUCAGAGAUGGGAUCAUUGUCUGGUAAAAAGGGUAAUAGAAUAAAAAAGAAUUAA